AUGGUGCAACCAAAUCAUCCGACCACCGAGUGGACAAGUCUACAGGACAUCUUCUAUCGACGUACGGAGCUCUAUGCACUCAAUUGGGGCAUCGAAAAUCUCGCCGACUAUGUCGUCGCAGCAUCCAGCAACGGUGGACUUGUCGCGCUCAUCCGCGAUCCAACACGGCUGGUCUCGUUAGGCAAAGCCUCGCUCCUCAAACCCAAGAUUCUCGUCUACACAGCAGCCGGACAGCUCAUUGAGAGCAUACCCUGGGAUCACUCCCUUCGCAUCAUCGCGCUUGGCUUCAACGCGUUGGAGCAGCUCGUCGUGGUGCUCGAAGAAGGCAAUGUUCGUCUCUACACCCUUCUCUCACCGUGCCCCGCUACGGUCGACUCAGCUCCCAGCACAUCCACUUCACGCAAUGGACCCGUACCUGUCGAAGCCACCUCUAGCUCCUUCUACACGCAGCAUUCGUUGGGCACAGAGGCUACAGAGACGGGCGUUGUCGAUGCUCGAAUAUGGGCGGGUGGUCUUGUUGCAUACGUCGGCGCACGGCGCUUUGUGGAAUGGCGCUUCCCAGGGCUCGAUGCGGAUGCAGAAUCAAACGAGUAUGCUGGCGCCGUCAGCCUCAGCGGAGGAGGCGAUUACGGCUAUGCCCUCCCGUCUCUGGAAGAUGACACCGUUCGAUCCUCGCCUCCAGAACUCCUCCCUCCUCAUGACACCUCGUCCUCUCAUUUGACAGAUUCAUCGCCCUCAUCAUGGGCCCUUGUCCCGCCAAACGUGUCUCAAUCCGGACGCACAACCGUGCUCAUCGCACAAGGACCCACACUUCUCUCGCUCACGCGCUCGACUGCAGGGCCUUCUUCCAUCGAUACGGCCUGUCAGGACAUGCGCCUCUCUCGCGGCCCUUUUCACGUCAUCCGUCCUUCUCCAAAUGGCAAACUACUUGCCCUCAUGACCGCAGAUCUCGUCCUCUGGGUGGUCAGCUCCGAUUUCUCUCGCAGCCUCAGCGAGUUUGACAUCCGAGCGAGCCAAGCUUAUCAGGAUGCGACCGCGAUCGACGACCCUUUUCGCUCCGUUAAUCAUGACCACACAUCUUCCGACCCAAGCACCAUCAGUAAAGGCGGUAUCGGCGGCAGUGGCGUACGUGAAGUACAGUGGUGCGGCAACAACACCAUCGCUCUCGCUUUCAACGACGAAGUCGUCAUGGUAGGGCCGUUUGGAGACUCGAUUCGGUAUCCUUACUCUGGACCGACGCACCUUGUCAGCGAAGUCGACGGCGUUCGCAUCAUCGCUUCCGAUCGACACGAGUUCCUCCAAAAAGUCUCGGACGUCUCCAAUCGCGUCUUUCGUCCAGGCUCCAACGAUCCCGCUGCAUUGCUCUUCGAAGCAGCCGAGCAGUUCAGCGCAAAGAGCAGUCGAGCCGACGAAGGUAUACGCGCUAUCCGCAGCAGCCUUCCCGAUGCCGUCGAUUGCUGCCUACGCGCUGCCGCCUACGAGUGGGACUUAACGUGGCAGAAACGUUUGCUCAAGGCCGCUUCCUUCGGAAAGAGCUUUAUCGAGCUGUACGACCCCACUGCCUUUGUCGAGAUGGCCAGGACGCUGCGGGUACUCAAUGCCGCUCGCAAUUAUCAGAUCGGCAUCCCCAUCUCGUAUGAGCAGUACGUUGCUGCAGGUCCAACCGCACUACUGUCGCGCUUGACGGCACAGAAUCAUCACUUUUUAUCGCUCAAAAUCGCCCGCUACCUGCACAUCCGGCCCGACCCCAUCCUCAAACAUUGGGCGAGGGCAAAGAUUGCGCGCACCGGUCCUGCACUUGGAGGCUCGACAUCCGCCAUUUCCGCGGCCGAGGAGCGUCUGUGUGCAGACAUUGUCCACAAAUUCCGCAUCGCGACGUCGCUCAAUGAGCGGGUGGGCGAGCUCGGCGGUUCCGACGAUGACAAUAUUGCAGCCGGUGCAUUUGGCGGUGGUACGGAGGAUGCCGCUUCGACCAAGCGUGAUGGCUCGAUAUCUGGAGAUAGAGGCGCGUCGGUCAGCUUCGCCGAAGUUGCGUGGACAGCGUGGAAGGCAGGGCGCGGCAACUUGGCGACUCGCUUGCUCGACCACGAGGCUCGCGCGAUCGACCAGGUUCCUCUGUUGCUCAACAUGCGCGAAGACAAGCUUGCGUUGGUCAAAGCCAUCGAAUCUGGAGACACUGAUCUCAUCUAUCACGUCCUGCUGCGACUCAAGAACCAACUCUCGAGAGGCGACUUUUUCCGGAUUGUUCAAGCGCCCGUGUCAGAUGCGAUGGUGCCGGCUGCGGGCAACGACCGCACACGUAGCGCUUCCAAAGUGGCUUCGACACGACAGUACCUGUCGCUAGCAUCCAACCUGCUCGAAGCCUAUGCAAAGGAGGUGGAUCGAGACCUACUCAAGGACUUCUACUAUCAGGAUGAUCGCAGGACCGACUCUGCCAUCUUGGCGCUGCAAGAAGCCAACGCAAUACAGGGCGUCACAGAGAGCGAAAUGCCGGACAAGAUCUUCAAACUCAAGACGGCCAUGAAGUUCUUCAGCGAGGACAAGGAACGAGUCUUGGAGGCCAAACUCGUCGACGAACAGAUCCGACUCCUAGCCUUCCAGCAAGCGCUCGAAAAGGAAGAUGGACAUCGGAGUCAAUUCACCCACCUAUCGCUCAACGAGACCAUCCGGCAACUCCUGUUCCGCAGCAUGAACAAAAAGGCGGAAAAGUUGCGGUCCGACUUCAAGGUACCGGACAAGAGGUUUUGGAACAUCAAACUCGACACGCUGGCGCAGAGCAAAGAUUGGGAUGGAUUGUGGGCUUUCGCCAACUCAAAACGGUCGCCGAUCGGGUACACCCCCUUCAUCGUCAAGCUGGUGGAGCAAAAUCACGUGCAGGAGUCGAUGAGGUUCGUCCCCAAGAUCCAAGACAAGACGGAUCGGAAUGCGUUCAACGCGUACUUGGCGAGGUUGCCGAGCCAGGCGAUUGCCAAUCAGCUGAUGGACCGGUUCAACGAGUAG